AUGACGAAGGACGAGGGCGGGCACGUGGGCCCUGAGCUUGCGGAGGAUACCACGGAGGCGGACAAGGCACGCUCAGGGAGUGAUGGAGAUGGUUCGCGGGGCGACGGCAGUCGAAGUCGUUCCUCAGGCGGCUCGUCCCAGCGAGACGAUGGCGGAGGCAGCGACGCGGAUUCGGAGCCGGCACAGAAUGCCGUCACCGCGCUGGCCACCACAGCCGCGUCCGCUACCGAACUCCGCGAAUGCGCCGCCAAGGGCCUCUGGGCCGUCGCGCCCGAAGCCGUGCCCGCUCUGCGACGCGCGUGGUCCCGCUGCGGCGACGGCGCGGUCCCCUGCCAUCUGGUGCUCACCUCCGCCUCCGACGGCCGCCUGGUCGCCAGCGCGGAGAUCCGCGGCGCUCCCGGCACCGGCCCAGACAGCGCCCCGGCCAUUCCGGUCGUGUUCAGCGCGAUAUCGACCGCGGCCAUCGGCGACCUCGGCCUGACGCCGAAGCAGCUCGAACAGCUCGUGUCGGCGCUCGGAGCGCGCCCCGAGGGCGGCAUCACGCUCCUCGAGGGCGCCGUGGGCGAGGCGGUGCCGUCGGGCCUCGCGGCGGCCGCGCAACGCCUCGGCGCGUCGGCCCCGCCCGCACCGCCGGACCCGCUGCCGGCGCUCGCGCCGCUCUCGGAGGCGGCGGGGCGGAAGCGCGACGCGAACGACAUCCUGGAGAUGGGGUACGCGCGGUACCUGCGCGUGCACAAGCGCGUGAAGCGCGAGCUGGACAAGCGGGAGGACAAGGAGCGGCGGCGGCGGCAGCGCGAGGCGGAGAAGCAGCAGGAGAAGAUGGAGCGGAUGCAGAUGGCGCUGGCGAUGGCGGCGAACAUGGGCGGCGCGGGCGGCGUGAUGCCGGGGAUGGUGCGCCCGGGCAUGCCAGGUCCGCGCGCGCCGAUGCCGGGCAUGAUGGGGCGCGGGCGGGGGCCCAUGGGCGGCGGGCGGUUCGGACCGGGGCCCGGGACGGGGCAGCCGUUCCGGCGGAGGUGA